UUAUGUUGUGCAGUUAUGUUAGGAAUGAUCAUAAAAAUCUAUGAAAAAUUGACUUUAGGAAUAUGUCGUUCAAGUGCACACAUGGUUGGUAAAGUGGUGAUAGUAACUGGUGGGAAUAGUGGAAUCGGUUUAGAAACUGCAAAUUUAGCAGAUCGAGGUGCUAAAGUGAUAAUCGCAUGUCGAAGUGCAAUCCGAGGCGCAGCAGCUAAGGAAGAAAUCAUCAAAUCCACUGGAAAUCCGAAUGUUAACUAUGAAUUAUUAGAUUUAGCAUCGCUACAAUCAGUUCGUGAAUUCUGUGCGACGAUUAUGAAAAAAGAAGAGCGUUUAGAUGUUCUUAUCAAUAAUGCAGCGGCCGGUGGUCUUGGAAACAAUAAAACCAAAGAUGGACUACACAAAGGAAUGCAAGUUAACUAUUUCGGUUCGUUUCUACUUACAUAUUUAUUGUUGCCCCUCCUAAAAUCUUCUGCUCCAAGUCGCAUAAUAAAUGUGUCAUCGGUAAUGCAUCAUUACGGUUUAAUGGAUUUUGAUAAUUUAAAUAUGGAAAAGUAUUGGAGUGACUACUUGGUAUAUGCUAAUAGCAAAUUAUAUCUUAAUCUAAUGACGUUAGAGCUAAGUCGGAGAUUGAACAAUAAUGAGGUAACAGCUAAUGCUGUACAUCCAGGAGUUGCAGCGACAAACAUCUUCAGAAAUAUUAGGAUAUCUUUCAUUAGAAAUACUGUGCUGAAGAGUAUUAAUUUCCUGUUCCAAGAUUCGUGGGAGGCUUCACAGACAUCGGUGUAUUUAGCGGUAUCGCCUGAAGUGGCCGGUAAAAGUGGCCUAUAUUUUAGUAAUUGUAAAGUGAAGAAACCUUCAAAGUUAUCACAAGAUCUAAAUUUAGCAAAAAAAUUGUGGAUACAAUCGGAGAAAUUGGUAAACUUAUCAUAA